AUGGAGGAGCAGCAAAAAAUGGAGAAUCUGCAGCAGCAGCAGCAGCAGCGACAAGCGCAGCAACAGCAGCAGCAGACACUUCUACAACUCCGGUGGGCUAUACUGGGCGAGCUAGCGGGACAGCAGACGCCGCCACAGCACCAAGAGCAGCAGCAGCAGCAGCAGCAAGAAAAAGUGGCCUCCAGUUUAAUUGCUGAAAGUCAACAUGAAGAGGCCCAGUUCCAGGAGAAGCAGCAGCAACAGGCAGAGCUGCAGCAGCAAGAGCACCAAGCGGAGCAGCAGAAGCCGAUAGAGAAAGAGCAGCAGACUCUUUCCCAGACUCCCGUAUCUCACCCCGCGCAGCAGCUGCAGCAAGCGCCUCAGCAGCAGCAGCAGCAGCAGCAGCAGUGCUCCUGCGCAGAGGUACUCUCAAAGGCACUGCAGCACGGGCCAGCUUCGUAUACACCCGCAGGGGUUCUUGCUGCUGUUCGUUUGCUGCCUCCCUGUGCGUUGCACUCCUGUGAGGCGGGUGCAGCAGCAGCAACAGCAGGAACAGCAGCAGCAGCAGCAGCAGCAGCAGCCGAGCCGGCAGCAGAAACAGCAACUGCAGCAGCAGAAGACGCAGAAGCAGCAGCAGCUGCUGCUGAGGCAGCUCCCUUAUCAGACACCUCUGCCGCCGCACCAAGUGCAGAAGUUUCCUUGCUGGUGCAGCAGCAGCAACAGCAGCAGCAAGGACGGCACGCGCAGCAGCAGCAGCAGCAGCAGCCGCGGCUUUCUGCUGCUGCCGCGCAGAGCCUCCUGGCUCUGCUGCACGGUUUGCUGCUGGCGAUGCGGCGUCAGCGUGCUGCCUUUGGGGGUCAGCUGCAGCAGGCGCGGCUGCUGCUGCAGCAGCUGCUGCUGCUGCUGCCGUGCGAAUUUGGAGCAGAAGCACAGAAGCUGCUUGCUACAGCAGCAGGAAACAGGCUUCGGCGCGGACAUGGUUCUGCUGCUGCUGCUGCUGCUGCUGCAGCUGCUGAGACGGAGAGCGAGGCGGCGCCUGCUUCAGCUGGAGGGAUAGCAGCAGUUGCGGCUGCUGCAGCAGCAGCAGCAGCAGCAGCAGAGGCGGCUGCAGCAGUCGAGCAGCCGCCAAGCAUGCAUCAGAGGCUUUCACCCCAGCAGCACUUAGCAGCAAUUAGCGCAGCAACACCAGCAGCACCAACACCAGCAGCAGCAGCGGCAGGUGGUCCAUCCGCAGUGCCUGCAAGCCCACUGGCUGCGACGCCAGCAGCAGCAGCAGCAGCAGCAGCAGCAGCAGCAGUAGAUGCCUUCGCCCGUCAUACGCCCAGAAGCAGACCCCUUUCUCUUAGUGACCUAAGAGAGGAAAAUGCACUUUCCCCGCAGCUGCAAUCAGCUGCUGCAGCGUUUGCUGCUGCGCUGCAGCAGCACCAGCUGCUGCUGUCUUCCCCACUGCAGCCACCGAGCAAGGCCGACAAGCAGCAGCAGCAGCAGCAGCAGCAGCAGCAGCACUCGUCGGUGCUGCUUGGAAGCUCACAGAGUACCGCGGCUCUGUCAGGUAGCCCAGAGAUGAGGCCUCAAGACAGCAGUUUCCUGCAGCCUCUGGCGCAGCAGCUGCUGCAGCAGCAGCACCUGCAGGAACAGCAGCAGCGCCUGCAGCAGCAGCAGCAGCACCUACUGCCGCAGCAACAGCAGCCGCUGCAGCAGUCGCUGCUGCCGUUACUGCAGCAGCCGCUAGCGCAGCAGCCGCUACCGCAGCAGCCGCUACCGCAACAGCAGCAUGAACAGCAGCUGCAGCAACUGCAGCACCAGCAUGCUGGAGAGCCAAGACACUGCAGCACACCAAACGCUGCUGCACCUGCUGCUGCUGCUGCUGCAUGGGGAAUUGCCUCUUUAACAGAGGAACGAGCAGCAGCUGCUCACGAGGCAGCGGCUGCUCCCCACGUGCCUUCCCAGCAGCAGCAGCAGCAACAGGAGCAACAACAGCAGCAGCAGCAACAGCAGAAACAGCAGCAGCAACAACAGCAGCAGCAGCUGGAGCAGCAGCAAGUAGCCAACACGCUGCAACAGCGGCUGCGCUCGUGUCCGUCUUUGACGGAAUUGAAAGAGAGAAUUGCUGCUCUUAGAGCUGCACUAGAAGGGCCACCUAAGCAGCAACAGCAGCAGCAGCAGCAGCGGCAGAAGCAGCAGCAGGCGCAGCAGCGGGACCGCUACUCAUCUAUUGAUGUGCUGCAGAGGCUGCAGAAGCUAAUGGCACAGGAAGGACUGCAACCAGGGCUGCAGCAUAAACACCAAGAAGAACAGCAGCAGCAGCAACAGCAGCAGCAGCAGCAUCCGCGGGUGGCAUCUCCGUUGGUGUCUUUUACCCCGUCUCUCCAACUCUCUGAAGAGCAGCAACGCGAUCAAGCGGUGCAGCAGCAGCUUCAGCAGCCGCAGCAGCCGCCGCCGCCGCAGCAGCAGCAGCCGCAGCAGCAGCCAGAGCAGCAGCUGCAGGAGGAGCUGCUCCAACCUGCUGCAGCUGCUCGUCAGCAAGUGCGGUUUGCAAUGGAGCAGCAGCAAGAGCAGUAUCGGGAGGUGCAGCAGCUGCAGCAGCAGCAGACGCAGCAGGAGGCGCAGCAGCAGCAGCAUGCUGCUGCUGCAGCAGCAAAUGCUGCAGCACGCAGCAGACGCCCCGCAGGCCUUCUCUCGCCGCUGGCUGGUGGCUGCUCCCCAGGGCCCAUUCCGCCUUUAAGAGAAAGUCUGUAUGAAGCAGCAGCUCGAGUUUCUCCCAAGAAAAUGCAGCAGGAGAAGCAUCAGCAGCAGCACCUCCAGCAGCACAGCCACCCCAGCAGCAGCAGCAGCAGCAGCAGCAGCAGCACCUCUUUGCCGCUGCAGCAGAACUCGGCACAGGAACGGUUUUCUUCUUUCUGCAGCGGCCUGCAGCCAGCUGCUGCCAGAAGAAGCAGCGAGUUGCCAGUGCAGCAGCAGCGCAGCCCAAGAGUACGGACAGCAGCAGCAGCAGCAGCAGCAGCACCUGCAGCAGCACAACGCGCUGCAGCACGGAAGACGAAGCUGCAGCAACAGCAACAACAGCAACUUCCCUUUUGGGAAAGACUUAGUCAGCCCAAGCGGGUUAAUGCAGGACAGCAAUUGCCGCAGCAGCAGCAGCAGCAGCAGCGGCUGCUGCAGCUCCAUCCAACCGAGAACGCAGAUCAGCAACCGCAGCACAAGCAGCAGCACUCGACUCCCUCUCCGCAACAGCAGCAGCAACAAAAAGCACUUCAGCAGCAGCAACAGCAGCAGCAGCGGCAGUGGCAGCUGCAGCAACUGCAGCAGCAGCUGCAGGCGCUUAAGGAGGAGGAGCGUGAGCUGCACAAAGAGGAGCAGCGGCUCCUGGCGCUUCACCAGCAGUAUCACAACGAGCAGCAGCAGCAGCAACAGCAGCAGCAACAGCAGCAACAGCAGCAGCAGCAAGAACCCGUGUCUGUACGGGCUGGCGCCGCGCUGUCUCGAUACUCUCUCGUGCUGCUGCAGCAGAAAACCCUAAACCCUCGGCCCCUAGGGCUGACCCCUACUCGAGAGGGCGGGCCCUGGAUAGGGCCACAGCAGCAGCAGCAGCAGCAGCAGCUGGGUGGAGCACAGACAGCAAAGCUUCCGCAGCCCCUCUGUUUUGCUGCUGCUGACUUCGCGUCACCCCCUCAAAUUGAGGUUGCUGUCUCUCCUUCCGCCCAGCAGCAAAUUGCUGCAGCAGCAGCCUUGGUGCUGCAGCGGCAGCGGAAAGAGCUGCGAGCAGAUGCAGCAGCAGCAGAUGCAGCAGCAGCAGAUGCAGCAUCAGCAGAUGCAGCAGCAGUAGAUGCAGCGGCAGCAGAUGCAGCAGCAGCAGCAGCAACUACAGGGCCUCGACCUCUGGGGAUCCUGUACGGCAGACGACUGCAGCAGCAACAGCAGCAGCAGCAGGGCCGCAGCAGUCCUAGGAUGACUGGGACUGGCGGCAGCAGCAGCAGCAGCAGCAGCAGCAGCAAAACGGUGGUAGUGGUAGAUGCUGUUUUCCUAUUGCCGGAGGAUACAGAGGCACGAAAAAGGGCUUCUGGAGCAGCAGACCAGCUGGCGCAGCUUCUCGGCCUGCAGCAGGUUGGCUGCCUCGUAUAUUCCGCUCCCCCGCAGCAGCAGCCGCAGCAGCAGCAGCAGCCCAGCAGCAGCUUCUUUAGGGCUUCGCGGUCCUUUACUGGCAACUCCUUGCUGGGGCAGCAGCAGCAGCAGAAGCCUCCCGCUGAGGCGAUCGAGGCCCUCUUGCUGCUCAUGCAGCAGCAGCAGCAGCAGCAGCAGCAGCAGGUCUGUUUAGUUAUCAAACCAGCAGCGGGAGGCAGCAUGGAGGUAGAGGCCUGGACGGCCUCAGUCCCAGGCCAUUUGCUGCUGCAGCGGGGUUUGCUGCUGCAGCAAGGGCUGCAGCAGCAGCUGGCAGCUGCUAAAGGCGAAGUGCCUGCAGCCGAAGCCUGCAGCAGCAGCAGCAACAGCAGCAGCAGCAGCACUUCCGAAGGGAGGCAGGCAAUCCAGGGGCGGCCACGCAUGCCUGUGAGGCGCCACAUGCAACCCAGCUGGCAGCAGCAGCAGCAGCAGCAGCCAAAAGCAGCAGCAGACGAAACAGGGACAGAAGCAGCAGCAGCUGCUGCAGCUGCAGCAGCAGCAGCAGCAGCAGAUGAGGUAUGUUUAAGGGAAGAAAUAAAGAUAGAGGGGCACGGCGUUAGCUCUCUGCCGAUUGGGGCAGUUGUGGCCCUCGCCCCCAUCAGGCCAACACAGCAGCAGCAGCAGCAGCAGCAGCAGCAGCAGCGGCAGCCGCAGCAGCAGCAGCAGCAGCAGCAGGAAGCGCCGUUUUUUCAUGCUAUGGAUGAGCAGCAGCCGCCAGCAGCAGCAGCUGAUAUGCUACCCUCUGCUCAGCGUCUAGCUCUGCUGCGCGAGGCCACCAACGGCGACGCUGUGCUGCUGCUGCUGCGGGACCUUCCGCUGCUGCUGCACCUGCAGCGCCACUUGGCGAGGGAGCAGGACCUUCGGACUUUGUGCUGCGCCGUGCGAGAGGCAGCAGCAGCAGCAGCAGCUGCAGCUGCUGCUGCUGCUCCUGCUGCACCGAGCAGCAGCAGAAGCAGCCGCCGGCUUCCAGGCCCCCUUUUCAGGCUGCUGCAGCAAAUUGCUGCUGCUGAGAGGCCAUAG